GGUACAGCACGAUUUUGUAAAAUCUGUCAAUACAGAGAAGGCUUCUUACAUAAUUAAGUCACCUUUCAUCACAGGUAUUCAGACUAAGUAAUAAUGUUGAAGUUUGACAACUUGCGUGCAUUGGACAAGAGUCUUAGAGGCGUUGCGGGUGAAAUUUUUAAGAACACGGUGUGUGCUGGCUGCGUGAAAGGUAUUCCCCGUGGGCAAUGGCAGUUGUCGAGGAAAGUCUCAGAGUCACACUCAACUUUCUCGCCGAUGAGCGAUAACGCAGUGGUAGCCAGGGCAAAAUGUAUCUAUUGGGAUGUUGUCAGGCACCCUUGGGCUCCUAUAACAGAGUCAGUAAAACGCUUCGCAAGCAGUACUUCACAGAAUCAUCCAGACAAGUUUGACAGUUUACACUUGUUAGAAUCUUGGAAUGGCGUUGUCCACCCCUUUGGAAAGUUGCGUGUUUCAGGACCAUUCAACGUUCACAUUUCCUCGUUAAAUCCUCACGAACAUCCAGGAAUGGACAGAGCGUUCGUUUCCAUCUAUGCCCAGAAGGCCAAUGAAAAAGAAAUUUGGCAUUGUGGAGAUUCGGUUAAGACAAAGGUUAAUGUUUCAGACCAAGGCAAAUUGCUGAGCAUCACCGGAUUGAAAAAGGAAGAGUCAAAGGAUGGGGCAACACCCUCCCUGGAGUGUGUUCUCCAUGUCCCAAUAAAAUUUGGUAUUGAUUUAGAAGUGGAAGAAAAUUGCUGUGUGAAUGUUUCGAGCGUAGAGAGCACAGGUGUGAAAAUAAAGCUGGAUAUGGGAGACUGUGUUCUCAGCAACAUCAGGGUACGACUGGAUUUGCUGGGGUUGAAAGUGUUGGAGGAAAUAUUAGAUGUGAAAAACAUAUUACAGGGUAACAUCGAUCUGAAGACAGGACAAGAUGGGGCUGUAUUUGGUGAAAAAUUCCAGGGUUCUCAAAUAAGAGUGCAGACAAUAUGCAGGUCAGGUACAGAUCCAGACUAUAUAUGGAGAAAAUGGGGUGUUUUUGGUCAAACACUGGCACCAUUCACCUGGGAAGUUGCCAUGGAGACACAUCUAUAGAUGUGUAUAAUGGCAAUAUCAAUAUUGGUAAAAUUCACCAUGGAAUUAAUAAAUUAUAAGGUUCAUUGUGAAAUACAUGCAGUUCAAGUUUAAAGACAAUUUGUGAAUUUAUUUGUCAAUUUCUGUGGUCAUGGAUUUUCUGAAUUGGUAGAAAGACAAUUGGCUAUGUGGAUGGGGAGCCUAGAGCCUUUCACUUGGCAAACUUACAUAUAGCGUAAAGUUUAAAUAUUUUUCAAUAUCAUACGUACACAAUGUCACUGCAGAUGGUAACAACUUUAACACCCAGAAUCACUUUACCAAUUUUUCUGCAAUUCUUAAUUUUUUCAAUCGUUCU